UUAUUUUUAUUUUUAUUUUUUUCGUGCGUCUAUCAUGCAUAGGCUAUUAACAAGAAGUUUUGUUAUAGCUAAACCGCACAUUCGACAUAAUGCUUCAAGAUUAGCGCCAUCCUACUGUGCUCAUAUGAUGUAUAAACCUAUAUUGUUAUGUCGAUAUCAAAGCACAGCAACAAGCGAACUUGUUGAACCUACAGAAAUUCCUACAAUAGAAACAGUGCGAGAUCAAUUUGAGGAAGAACGAUCUGAUAUCAUAGAAAGUGUCAAUAAGCCAGACACAGUUUUAUUAUUUAACGAUCUUCGACGAGAUGUAUAUGAAGAGAUUAUAAAUCCGAAUGCAACAAGAGGUGUUCAAUGCAGUGAUUUACCCGAAUUCAACAAGAUCCUCAAGGGCCAUCGACGAGGCGAACUAACCAUCUUGACGGGCCCAACUGGUGUAGGCAAGACAACUGUCAUUAGUCAACUUAGUUUAGAUUACUGUAAGCAAGGAGUGCCUACCUUGUGGGGUUCUUUUGAAAUUUUAAAUAAGCGACUGGCUAAAAAGAUGCUCUCUCAGUUUGCUGAAAAGGAUCUAUCUGAAUCACCAAAGGAUUUUGAUAGAUAUGCUGACGAAUUUGAAAAGCUGCCAUUAUACUUUUUAAAUUUUCAUAGCAGCACACCUAUUCAUCAAGUUUUGACUGCAUGUCAACAGGCAGUUGAUGUGUAUGGUGUUCAACAUAUUAUCAUUGAUAAUCUUCAGUUCAUGUUAUCUCAACAGGCAAGAUCUGGUUUAGACAAGUGGGAAUUACAAGAACAGGCGAUUGCAAAGAUAAGAAAUUUUGCUACUAUACAAGAUGUACAUAUUACCUUGGUUGUCCAUCCUAGAAAAGAUACAGGGGAAGGACUGGACAUCAACUCGAUCUUUGGCAGCGCCAAGGUUACUCAGGAGGCAGAUAAUGUAAUUAUUAUUCAAAAGUAUGAGCACACACGAUCACUCGACAUAAAGAAAAAUAGAUAUGACGGUACACUAGGAGAGAUAUAUUACAAAUUUAACAGGGAAACAUUAAAGAUAGAAGAAUGUCUGCCAGAGGAAAAGAAAAGCUCACGUUCUGUAACAACAUCCAUAUAUCAGAAAAAGCGAAAAUAUUAAAAUUAAAUAGUCUUUUUUCAGAAUUUAUUCGCACACAUUACAAAG